AUGUCAGACAAGAAAUUCGUCGGAGCUAUCGACAACGGCACAACGUCGUCGCGUUUCCUAAUCUUCGAUUCGAAUGGCGACCCUGUAGCUCAGCAUCAGCUCGAGUUCAAGCAGAUCUACCCUCACUCGGGUUGGCAUGAGCACGAUCCUCUCGAGCUUGUCUCGUCUGUUGAAGAAUGCAUUAACGAGGCCUGCAAGAACUUUGAAUCCCAAGGCUACUCCCUCUCCUCCAUCGCUGCCGUUGGCAUCACCAACCAGCGUGAGACCACAGUCGUCUGGGAUCGCAAUACGGGCGAGCCACUCUACAAUGCCAUCGUCUGGACCGACACACGCAGCGCCCACAUAGUCCGUGACCUCAAGGCUCAGAAAGGCGCUGAUGAUCUGCCGCAAAUCUGCGGUGAGCAACUCUCUACCUACCCAUCCUGCGCCAAACUCCUCUGGCUCCUCAAGAACGUCGACAAAGUCAAGUCUACUUACGAUGCCGGCAACCUCGCUUUCGGUACCGUUGACACCUGGCUGGCAUACAAGCUUAACGGUGGGCCCUCAGCCAAUGUCUUCGUUUCAGACCCUAGCAACGCUGGGCGAACCAUGUUCAUGAACAUCCGCAAUCUCCAAUACGACGACACGCUGCUCGACUUUUUCGGCCUCGACGUCAAGACACCGAAGCUGCACCUCCCUAAGAUUGUCCCCUCUUCAGACCCCGAGGCUUUCGGUAAGCUAGCUGGCACCUCCCUCAAAGGCGUCCGCAUCACGGGCUGCCUGGGCGACCAGUCCGCUGCCCUCGUGGGCCAGGGCGGGUUCACUCCCGGUCGGGCUAAGAACACAUAUGGAACAGGUGCCUUUUUGUUGUUCAAUGUGGGCGAGAAACCCGUCAUCAGCACCCACGGCCUCAUGUCCACCGUGGCUUUCGAUUUUUCCCCACAGGGCAUCCCACCUACGUACGCGCUCGAGGGCUCGAUCGCCGUGGCCGGCUCUUCAGUCAAAUUCCUCAUGAACAACCUGGGUUUCUUCCGGGAUUCACACCGCAUCAGUGAGCUUGCCGAGACGGUGCCCGACAACGGCGGAUUGGUCUUCGUGACGGCGUUCAGUGGCCUGUUUGCACCAUAUUGGAUCGAUGAUGCAAAGGGCACCAUGUGGGGUAUCACGGCGUACACGCAGCGAGGGCACAUUGCGCGGGCGACGUUGGAGGCGACGUGUUUCCAGACCAAGGCUAUUUUGGACGCCAUGGGCAAGGAUGCGGGCGUCAAGCUGACCGAGUUGGCCGUCGAUGGUGGCAUGAGCAACAGCGAUCUGUGCAUGCAGACACAGGCCAACAUCAUUCAGAUUCCGGUGGAUCGGCCCAAGAUGAGGGAGACAACAGCGUUGGGUGCAGCGAUUGCGGCCGGAUUUGCGGUUGGCGUAUGGAAGAGCUUCGACGAGUUAAAGAACAUCAACCAGGAAGGGCGGGUCUACUUCAAGCCCGAGAUGGAUGUGAAGAAGAGCGACAAGAUGUACAGAAAGUGGGGCAAAGCCGUCCAGAUGGCCAAAGGCUGGGUGGAUGAGGAUGAUGAAGAGGAUUGA